AUGUCGUCUCCACUAUUACCUAUCGACGAUAUCAACGACUAUCUUCUUUCUACAGUAGGUAUCACGUUUAUCAUUUUAGGUACUAUAGGCAAUCUAUCUAAUAUUAUUCUAUUUACUCAACGUUCUCUAAGAACACUUUCAACUUGUAUUACUUAUCUCUUAGCUGCUUCUAUUGCUAAUAUAAUCGAUAUUUAUUCAUAUGUUUUACUACGUGCACUCUAUGGUUUUAAUAUUACACCAGCCUAUAGUUCAUCAAUCGUAUGUAAAUUACAACUAUAUUUAUUUUAUAUAUCAUUUUGUACCUCGAGUUGGUUUAUGGUUGGUUGUUGUGCUGAUCGAUAUUUUUCAUCAUCACAUAACGCAAUCCUUCGACGUUACAGUUGUAUGCGUACAACCUUUCGUAUGAUAUUAUUUAUAAUUAUCUUUAUUUCACUUGUAUAUGCGCACGUUUUCUAUUGUUAUGAUGCUAAUCAAUUCAAUAGACCAUCAUUAUGUUUUAUACGAAAUAAUGUCUGUCUUAUACUUGAUACUGCUUAUUAUUUUACUUUUCAAUGUUUUGGACCACCUAUAUGCAUGUUUAUAUUUGGUAUUGGUACUUUCAUUCAUAUUCGUCGAGGAGAACAAAUUCGAAUAGAAGCAAGAAAUAGAGCAAAUGUGAAUAUUAUAGAAAGAUUACCUAUUCAUAUAGUAAAAUUAAGAAAAAACAAUCGAAAAAUUUUACCUAUGCUUAUUGUACAAAUUAUUCUAUAUAUUUUCUGUUCAUUACCUCUAAUGUUUUAUAAAAUCUAUUCGACUUUACAAAUAUCAAUUAUCAGAAAUAAUAUUCCACUUCCUGUUGAAAAUCUUUAUCUUAGUAUUGCUAUCUUAUUCAGUUUUAUUGAUAAGAUAUUCUCAUUUUAUAUUUAUACAUUAAGUAGUGCUUAUUUUCGUACAGAACUAAUUCGAUUUCUUACUCAACGCUGUUUAAGACGACGUAUUGUGCCAGAAAACUAA